GCACUCAAACUUUAGGAGAAGAAUAUUGUGACAUAAUGCAAAUAUCCGAAUCAACUAAAGAGGAGCCGUCUAUUGGAAGACGAUGUACUUCAAUAUUUUGUCACGUGAUAUUACCAUAUCUUUACUCCAAAAGAAUUGCUAAACUUCAAAGGAACGCGAGGUCAACUCAAAGGAUAAACUCUAAAUUUCAUGGACAAUCAUCAAGUGAACAUGUUCAACUACGCGAAUCCGUUAAUAAUUUGAUUAUUAAGAUUCAUUUAUUUCUAAGAAAUCAUAUUCGUCCAAUGCAUCUUGCAAUCUUUUAUUUUUAUGGUAUAUUUACUAAACAAUUGGGUCCUGGAGAACAACGUAUUGGAUACGAAAUACUCGGACUUUUGUUAAUAAUCCAAAUUAUGGUUCAAGCUUAUCUUCAUAAAAAGAAACCUAUCAAAGAUUCCGUUUUCAGUAGCGAUAAUCGGGAAUAUGAAGAUGAAAUGAACAUUAAUGAAGAAAUAAAUUUAUCUAAUUUAUCUUCAACAAUGGGUCUCACUCCACAAGAAGCCGUGACUCGUAAAUGUACACUUUGUCUCUCUCUUCGUAAGAAUACUACGGCAACUUCAUGUGGCCACUUGUUUUGUUGGUCAUGCAUUGUUGAAUGGUGUCGUAAUAAACCCGAAUGUCCACUAUGCAGACAACAUAUCAAUCUCUCACAUUUACUUCCAAUAUAUAAUUAUUAA